AAAAAACAUGGCGACUAGAAUAUCUUAGGGAGCUACAGCAUUGGACUCCGGCCACAACAACGGGAGACCUGGGAUAGACUUGCGAGUCACAAACAGUCUCCACCGCCAACAUGUCCGCAGCACGCGCCGGCGAUGCUGCCGCAGCACAGCCAGGACAGAGUUGGGAGGACAAAGCAUGGUCGAUUGGCAAGAACAUUGCCAUCUUUAUUGGCAUCCAGUUUCUCAUUCGUCAGAUUAUGGGCGGAGGCGGGCAGAAACCCGCGGCAACACCAGAGAUGGUUCCCAUGGAUUCGGCACAACCAAUUACCGACUAUAGUAUGGUACCGGAGACCGUCUUCCCGUUAUGGCCAAGUAAUGUGUCAGUGGACGUGAGCAUGUACAUCAGCCCGAGUAUUGCGAUACCAAGACUGAGCAGCAUGCCCACAGACAGCUUGAUUGUUGAGGAGAAGGGCUUCAGCAUGGAGAAGGGUAAGAAGGACCACAGGGAGGUUCACAAGAGCUUCCGCGUGCCCAAGGCCGUGCAAGACAAUGGCACACUUUGGGCGCACAUCUUCGUUGCACAGUCUGGAGCGGAGUUGGAUCCAUCGAGUUCUGCAUACGACCCAAGUAAAGCGUAUCGCAUGCUGCGGCCUCUUACGCAAUAUCUGGCGAAGAAGAAGGUUCGCAAGACGCGUAACUUGUUGGAAGCGCAGAAUGGAACAGACGUAACCGAAGAACCGGCCGAGGAGACCGGACCGCUGAUUGCAUCGUACUAUCACCCGAACUUCACGCUUGACUUUAUUCCGGAUGCUGGACCCUCACAGUAUGGAUCGCUACAUCCUGCAGUGAAACAGUUCUAUACUCUCGAAGCGACCGGCGCACGGGACGCUACCGGCAAGAAUGGCUGGUACUACCCCGUCGUCUAUCUCAACACUUUCUGGCAACUCAAGACCCACAUGACCGAGCUGAACGCCACGGACCCUGUGGAUGUACUACCCAUUAAUGUCGGAGUCAGCGCGUUGCCCAACUGGCGGUUUACUGUGAUGGCGUCUAUGGACGAAGGCAUGAAGGAGACCGCCCGCAAAUCUGCUCAAGGCCAAACUACCCCUGGGGGCGGCGAUGGAAGCGAAAUGGAAUUGAUUAAGGAAACACUUCUGAAUACCAACCCCUGGCUGCUUGGUACAACGACUGUCGUGACGAUCCUGCAUAUGGUCUUCGAGCUGCUGGCCUUCAAAUCCGAUGUCGGGCAUUGGCGCAAGAAGAAGGACAAUGUUGGUGUCUCCGUUCGGACCAUUCUUUCCAACGUCGUUAUGCAAGGUAUCAUUUUCCUCUAUCUUCUCGACAACAACGAGAACACAUCGUGGAUGAUCAUGUUCGGACAAGGAAUGGGUAUUGCAAUUGAAGCUUGGAAGGUCACCAAAACAGUCAAUGUCCGCGUUCGCGAUCCGCCUCCCAACAGCUGGGCGGCUAAACUUGGACUGCCGAAGACGGUGGUGUUCGAAGACAAGCACAAACUCUCUGAAACGGAAGAGAAGACUGAAGAAUAUGACGCCAUUGCUUUCAAGUACAUGGGCAUCCUCGCUAUCCCGUUGCUCCUCGCCUACGCCGUCUACUCCCUCAUCUACGAAAGCCACAAGAGCUGGUACAGCUUCAUCAUUACUACCCUGGUCGGCUCCGUGUACGCUUACGGAUUUCUUAUGAUGGUUCCGAGCUUAUACAUCAACUACCGCCUCAAAUCCGUUGCCCACAUGCCCGCCAAAACGAUGAUGUACAAAUUCCUCAACACCUUCAUUGAUGACCUCUUCGCCUUCACAAUCAAGAUGCCGGUCCUGCACCGUCUCGCCACGCUGCGGGACGAUGUAAUCUUCUUCGUGUAUCUGUAUCAAGCGUGGGCUUACAAGGUCGACUACAGCAGAGUCAACGAGUUCGGGCAGGGUGGUGAUGAUGAGCCGGUGGAGGAAAAGAAGGCUGCGCAGCCGCUCAAGGCGCCGGCGGAUGCGAAGGAUGCUACGGAGGGUAAGAAGGACGAGAGUGAAAGGUUGAGGGAGAAGGCUAAUGGGGCCGUGAGUUCCGGGGCGCAGAAGGGCGCUGGGGCCAAAAGGCGAAAGGCCUGAGAUGAGUUGAGCUCAGUAGAAAGCGCGGAUAGAUGCAUUUGUACAGAUUGAUACACUUGAGGCGCUUUCACCAGAUGCGAUGGGAUUCAAUAUCAGCGACAGUUGAA